UCUUAACCUCUGAUCUCUUAUAUAAACCACCUAAAUGUUUCCAUGUUCAAAGUAUCCCCUAAGCUUGAGAGAAAACAGAAAAGAUAAAACUCCACAGAAAUCAAAGUCGAAAAAGAAAUGAUGAAGUUUAAGUCCAAGAGGUUUGGGAUUAGAUUUGGAUUUGGUAAAAGAAUCAAUAACAAAGGAACACAACAAGAGCAACAACAGAAGGGAGGUUGUACCAACAACAAUAACAGCAAUAGUAGCUGCAGCAACUAUGAGAUCAAAUGGGAACUUAGGCCAGGAGGCAUGCUUGUUCAAAAAAGGCAAGAGAGUAUUGGUGAAGACUUGAUCUCCAUUAGAGUCUCUACUUUUGCUCACUUCCAUGAUCUCUCCAUUGAAGCCACCUCUACUUUUGGAGAACUUAAGAUGGUAUUAUCAUUGCUUACCGGUUUAGAGCCAAAACAACAAAGGCUAUUAUUCAAAGGGAAAGAAAGAGAGGAUCAUGAGUAUCUACACAUGGUUGGUGUUGGGGACAAAGACAAAGUGUUAUUAUUAGAAGAUCCUGCUUUCAAAGAGAAAAAGCUUCUUGAUCUUAACAACAUUACCACUUCUUGUCCCACUAUAAUCGUAUAAACAACAAAACGUCAAAUUAGUUGUUUUGUCAAUUUCUUUGUGAUAUAAUUUCACCCAAGAAAAUUUAACUAUUGCUAGGAUUGUCAUGAAUUAAACUAGAGAUUUCCAUAUAGUCCUUCGACUAUUUCUAUAUUAGUUUACAUGUUGUAAUAUAUUUGGCAAAGAUUUUAAAGCUCAUGUCUUUAUUUUAAUUAGAGCUCAUGUUGUAUAAUAUGCUGAAGAAAACAA